GGGCAGAGUCAAAGUUAUCAGUCAGUAAGAAGCUUUGAGAGGCACAAGCACUUGUCCGGAACCGCUGGGCCCAGGUGCAGCGAGACAGACCAGAGGGCUGCCACGAGAAAGGGAGUCAUAGUAUCGGGUCAGUUCUGCGGAUUGACAAAUAGGCCUGCAAGGACACUGGCACAGAAAGAUGGCGGUGCGUCUCUUUGAGGGCAAAGACCAUGCAGCUGCUUACCUGCAGUACAGAGUUACACCCCACGAAAUAAUCAACAUAGUUAUGAACUACAUGAAGAAAAAGACACCAAACCAGUUGAACCUUGCGGUGGAUGUGGGCUGUGGUUCAGGCCAAGGGACGAUCCCAUUAGCUCCGUUUUUCACCAAGGUUGUUGGAACAGACGUUAGCCUCGCCCAGCUGGAGAUGGCGCUGACCAAUAGCAACCCUCCAAAUGUAUCAUACAGGCAGUGUCCGGCAGAAGAGCUACCGUUUGCUUCUGGUGAGGUGGAUCUCGUGACAGCCAUGACGGCGGCUCACUGGUUCGACCGCCCGAAGUUCCUCCUGGAAGCUGAUAGGGUGCUGAGGCCCGGAGGGUGCCUGGCUCUGCUCAGCUACACGAUGGACAUGGAGCUGGAGUAUGGGGACAUUUCCAGCAUGCUCAAUGUCAUCUGUAAAGAGUUUUAUGCUGCCCUGCGUCCUCUCCGAGAUCCCUAUAUUGGAUCGAGCUCGAGGAAGAUUUACUCUGACAUGUUUGACUCCUGCCCAUACCCAGACAAAGAGUGGAAUGAGUGUUUCCCAGUAAAACGAGUUGUGCCUCUGAGCGGAUACAUUGGCAUGGUGGAGACUUUCUCCAGCUACGAGAAACUACGAAUAAAGGACCCCGCUGAGGCCGAACGUCUUUCUAAUGACAUCCAGAGCAAGUUGCUGUCCGCCAUGAAGGUGUCGUCUCCUGACACAGAGGUCACUGUGGUUGUGAAGUAUUUCUAUUUGCUGGCGUGCAAACCUUGAUGAUUCUUAUUGGCACACCAGUGUCUGGUGUAACUGAGAUCAGUGUCUGCAGUUGUACUGAAAGGCUGGACCUGUAUCAUGCAUCGUGUUUAUGAUAAGCAUGUUCAUGUUUUGUUUUUUUUUUAUAUAUAAAGAUUAUUAUUAUGAAUGUUGACCUCUGAAGUGAACACUAGAUGGAGCCGUCUCACACAGUGAUGAGUGAGUGUCCACAUGUAAUCCAAGCAUUUGGUUUCCACCAAAAUGUAUUUGUUUAUGCCGAUGAGAUGAGAAUAAAAAUAGCAUUGUGCUCGUU